AUGGAUUAUGAAAUGGACAUCGAGCCCACCGGGCCCCAGGUGACAGUGCGAGAGGCCGAACCAUACCGAGUAGACUUCAAGCUCACCUCCGUCGACCUCGCCUUCGCCAACUCGCUGCGGCGCACGAUGCUCGCCGAGAUCCCCACAAUGGCCAUCGACCUGGUGGAGGUAGAAAAGAACUCCUCGGUGCUGCCGGACGAAUUCCUCGCCCACCGUUUGGGUCUGACCCCGCUUAACUCGAAAAACUGCGACCAGGACGUCGAGUACACGCGCGACUGCGAGUGCGAGGACCACUGCGCGCGGUGCAGCGUCACGCUGCUGCUUCAUGCGCGCUGCACGGGCGACGAGAUCAUGCCUGUCUACGCGCGCGAUCUGGUCAUCAGUGGCGAGCGGGCGAACGAGUGGGUGGGCAGCCCGGUGCUCACGGAUCCCGAGGCGAAGGGGUCGUUGAUCUGUAAGCUGCGGCGCGGCCAGGAGCUCAAGAUGACUUGUAUUGCGAAGAAGGGGAUUGCCAAGGAGCAUUCGAAGUGGGCUCCGACUGCGGCUAUUGGGUUCGAGUACGAUCCUUACAAUAAUCUAAAGCAUGUGGAUUAUUGGUAUGAGGAGGAUCCUGCCAAGGAGUGGCCCAUCUCCCAAAACGCCGCGUGGGAACAGCCCGCGCCCCCAGACCAGCCCUUCGACUACGACGCCCAACCCAACAACUUCUACUUCGACGUCGAAAGCAUCGGCAACCUCGACCCGGACAUGAUCAUCCAGCAGGGCAUCGUCGUCCUGCAGCGCAAGUUCGCCUCCGUCAUCUCCUCCCUCUCCGGCACAGGCGGCGUCGACGGCGCAGACGCCAACGGCGUUAUGGGCGCCGACGAAGACGACAUGAUGGGCAUGCGCAGCCCUGACGCCUACGAGCCCCCGAGGGCAUGGACGGCGGGUUCACCGCCUAUGCGAACGGCGGCGCCGCAAGCGCAUGGGGCGCCAGCGCCGCCACUCCCUACGGAGCUACACCUUACGGCGGCGGUGGGUUUGGAUUCUAGUGUUAAUAUUCCUGCACCUUAG